AUGCCUGAUUCUUUCUUCACAUCGUCCAAACCUCGAAAAAGGAAGCGCACAAAUGAUGCAGGGCCCAGUAACUCCAAAAAAGUCCCGCGUAAGGGCGCACAACAAAACGGUAUUAGAUUCCAAGGCUCUAAGCCCAAUGGUGUCCAGAAGAAGAGGAAGACCGCUGACGAGGAGUUGGAUUCUGACCAUACCGAUGACGACGCGGGAGACAUAGAUGAUAUGGACCUUAGGACACAGAGCAACGAUGAGGAGGUCAGUGGGGAAGAGGAUCCCAAUGAGACACCAGCAGAGAAACGAUUGAGACUGGCUCAGUUGUAUAUCGACGGUGUCAAGGAAGGGCUAAAACUAGCCGACGGUGAAUUUGACGCGGCUGAAAUCGACCGGGAACUCAUUUCCGCCAGGCUGAAGCAGGACGUAUUGGAGCACUCGGGGAAAAUACAUCUGUUUAUCGCAGAUUCCUUUGACUUUUCUGAACCUCUCAGGACUGUGUUUCGCACCAAAACAUCCAAAUCUUCCGUUACAUGCGCUGUGGCUGCAGAAUCUGGUCAAUAUCUCUUCACAUCGGAAAAGGAUGGAACCAUAACCAAAUGGGACCUGAUCUCUAAAAAGAAGGCCGCAAUGUUCCACUCAAUACGGGUUCAGACGAAGGGCAAGGGGAAAGUGCAGACAUCUGGUGGGGAGGAGGUCAAGGGUCAUACCGAUGAAGUUCUGACGUUAGCUCUAAGUGACGACGGAAAGUACCUUGCCAGUGGAGGAAAGGAUCGUAGACUCGGAGUUUGGGAUGCCGAGAAUGCACAGUGGAUAAGAGGCUUCAUUGGGCCAAUGUGUCACAAGGAUACAAUAUCGGCUUUAUCUUUCCGUAAAGGAACGCAUCAAUUAUACACAGGUUCAUUGGACCGGUCGCUAAAAGUAUUCGAUUUAUCCCCUGGAGUUAUGGGCUAUGUCGAGACGCUUUUCGGUCAUCAGGAUCAUGUCGUUGCUCUCGAUUCCCUACGAGGGGAGACCUGUGUCAGUGUGGGUGCACGAGACAAGACAGCGCGGUACUGGAAAAUAGUGGAAGAGACGCAGCUCGUGUUUCGGGGCGGAGGGCGUAGUCGCGUGCGAGAUGUUUUGGAAGGUGGUCUUGCUGAUCAGGACGACGGCGAGCCUGAACCAAAACGGGACGUGACGAUGAAGUUCGUUGAAGGGCGCCUUGAAUGUAUCGCGAUGAUCGACGAAUCCAUGUUCGUCAGUGGUGGAGACAAAGGCUUAUUACCUGUUGUUAGAUCUAUAUGUCUAUGGGUGACGCAGAAAAAGAAGCCAGUGUUCACCCAAGCUUUGAGCCACGGCUUCAACGAAGUUUCUUCUGAAACCGAGGGCGUUAUCAAAACACCCCGGUGGGUAACAGCUCUGGCCAGUCUUCGAUAUUCCGAUUUGUUCGCAUCUGGUUCAUGGGAGGGUGACAUACGGCUGUGGAAACUGGACUCCAAAUUGAAGUCCUUUUCUCUAGUGGGCACAAUACCCGCGUUUGGCAUCGUCAACUCUCUGCAGUUCAUCUCUCCCCCGCAAAGUUUCUUUGAUGCGGCAGCAUGGACGAAAGAGGGGCAAUCUGGCUCUGACGUAUCAAAGCGGAGGGAUGCCGGUCGAUAUUUGCUAGUCGCAGGCAUGGGAAGGGAACACAGGUUAGGACGGUGGCAGAAUGUCAAAAAGGGCUGGAAUCGCGCCUUGGUUGUCGCACUUUGA